AUGGGCUCCGUCGGCGAGAAUCAGGAUAGUGCUCCCUUGUGGAACGGGGUUCCUCAACUUACCCUGAGCGGUACGGCUUGGGAGAUAGGUCUAUCUCAUGGCAGGCAGAUACCAAAUCGCAUCAAGACCUGUAUCGCCAACUAUGAACGCUUGUUCCUUGAGACAGCUGAGGCUGAUUGGCCAGAGUCAGUGGCCCGUGCCAAACAGUAUCUACCUGCCCUCGAGCAGAACGAGCCUGAGCUGGUUGAAGAAAUGAAAGGCAUAGCAGCCGGUGCUGGGGUGGACCUCGGUGAUAUUCUGGCUCUCAACCUCCGCAGCGAGAUAUCUCUGACCAACUACUCUGAUGGCUGCACGAGUAUCGUCACCAAGACUUCUUCAGGUGAUAAAACUUUUGUCGCACAGAACUGGGACUGGGUUGGAGAGGCUGGAUUGUCCACUGCCUUCUUCGACAUUCAAAAGCCCGGACUACCACGGAUUCGCAUGCUUGGCGAAGCCGGGAUUGUAGCAAAGUUCGGAUUCAACGACGCAGGUGUGGGCAUCUGCAUGAAUGCCAUUAGGUGUGGUACAGUCAACCGAAAUGCUUUGCCUGUACACCUUGCGAUGAGGCGAGUCUUAGAAUGUCGGUCCUUCGACGAGGCAUACGCCUUGCUUAGCAAGAGAGGCGUCGCAUCAUGCGUCAAUUUCGCGAUAGCCGAUCGAAGUGGAAAGUUUGCGACCAUUGAAUGCACGCCCAAAGGCCUCGCUCCAAUCCACCCAGAGUCUGGGGCAUUGGCAACUUUCCACACGAAUCAUAUCUGGUCCCCAAACGUUCCAGACGGAAUUCGAGAUCAUCCAUCCAAGAACUCUUUCUCGAGACUGGAUAGGAUACGAGAGUUGAGCGCAGGCGAGGAGCCAAGCGUUGCGAAGAUCAGGAAAUGGCUUUCUGACGAACAAGGCACCCCUGUGUCCAUCUGUCGAUCGACACCUCCGGGAGCAAAGGGAAUUGAGAGGAUGGAAACUUUGGCGACCGUGAUCAUCGACCUGCACAACAGCAAGGCCGAGGUAUCUCUUGGGCGACCGAGCCUAUCACCGCCUGUUCUGACAUUGUCAAUGGAUGCUUGA